AUCAUUAACCAUCGUAGCUGUUAUCUUCUUCCUCAUCACAACUUUCUACGGUCAGGGAUUGAAAAGAGUUGUCAAUCUUUAUUCUUCUUCUUCUUCUUAUUCUCCGAUCAUGAUGCAGCAGCCACCACCCGGAGGUAUUCUUCCGCAUCACGUUCCUCCUCCGUCUGCGCAACAGCAGUACGGUUACCAGCAACCGUCUCCUUACGGGAUGGCUGGAGCUGCUCCACCACCGCAGAUGUGGAAUCCGCAAGCGGCGGCGCCGCCAUCAAGUCAGCCCAUGACCGCCGACGAGAUCCGGACUCUUUGGAUCGGUGACUUGCAGUUUUGGAUGGAUGAGAAUUUCCUCUACAGUUGUUUUGCUCAUACCGGAGAGGUUGUUUCUGCUAAAGUCAUCCGUAACAAGCAAACUGCUCAGGUUGAAGGUUACGGAUUUAUUGAGUUUGUAUCUCAUGCUGCUGCUGAACGAGCUCUGCAAACAUACAACAACACUCCUGUCCCGGGCCUUCCGGAUCAGCUCUUUAGAUUGAACUGGGCCUCAUUAAGUUCAGGAGAUAAACGGGACGAUUCACCGGACUACACUAUAUUCGUCGGUGAUCUGGCCGCUGAUGUUACGGAUUAUAUCUUACUUGAGACGUUCAGAGCCGCUUAUCCUUCAGUUAAGGGUGCAAAGGUUGUUAUUGACAGAGCCACUGGGCGUACAAAGGGAUAUGGUUUUGUUAGGUUUUCUGAUGAGAGUGAACAGAUUCGUGCUAUGACGGAAAUGAACGGUGUUCCUUGUUCAACCAGGCCUAUGAGAAUUGGGCCAGCGGCUAACAAAAAAGGUGUAUCUAGUCAAAGAGAUUCAUACCAGAGCGCUGCUUCAGGGGUUCCAAGUGAUAAUGAUCCAAAUAACACAACUGUUUUUAUUGGUGGAUUAGAUCCCACUGUCACGGAUGAUCAUCUGAAGAACGUCUUUGGCCAAUAUGGUGAGAUUGUGCAUGUGAAAAUACCUGCGGGAAAGCGCUGUGGAUUCGUUCAGUUCUCCGAGAAAAGCUGUGCAGAGGAAGCUCUUAGAAUGUUGAAUGGAAUGCAAUUGGGUGGAACAACCGUCAGGCUUUCAUGGGGCCGAAGUCCUUCAUCGAAACAGGCAGUAGAUCCGAGUCAGUUUUAUUACAGCGGGUAUGGCCAAGGUCAGGAACAUUAUGGGUACUCAAUGCCGCAAGAUCCUAAUGCGUAUUACGGAGGCUACCCUGGCGGGUAUCAGCAGCCACCACAGGCUGGCCAGCAACCACCACAGCAGCAACAAGUCGGAUUCAGCUACUAGGUGGCGAGAGUAUUCUUAGCGUCGCUGUUUGUUGUUUGAGUACUUUUUCAUGAACGUGUUUCCAAACGCCUUUAUUUGUCUUUGUCUCUCUCUCUCUCUCUCUGUUUAGGAGAGUUUCUUUUGCUCAAAACCGAUACUAAAGGAGUGUGAAGACUGAAAAGCUUUACUCUUAAUAAUGUUUUCUUGCGAUGA